UAAUGCGAUGUUUUCGACCUCCUGUUAUUCAUGCAGCAAUUCGAUAUGCAGAAACCCUACCUAGAGAGAAAAAAAAGUGUUCUUUGCAGAUUUGCGGAUGAAGAUGGAGGUGGAAUAGGUGGCUGUGCAAGCCAACCAUGAGGAUGUUACUCCCUGGCAGCGACAAACGACCUCUUUAUUUUGGUUUCCCGACUGAGAGUCAUCAUAAGCUCUCGGCAUGGAUGUAUCCAGGGGUUGAAGGGUUGGCCUCCUCCUUACGGAGUUGCAUCCAUCCGAGGCACAGGGCCCAUAAGGUGGUCCGUGACUGAUGAUACUCUUCCUUCCCCACUAGGUUAAUUUCACUCCAGGGACCGGGCCCGGGGGAGAGGAAGCCAAGCGGACUGGCGAGUUAUUUACUACAGCGCAGAUGCAGUUCUGAUGCAGUGAGAGCGUGGGUUCCCACCGCAGCGCCGCAGCAGGGACAAGCAGGGAAUGGUGCUUUGGUGGCUUGCCAAGGAUGGAUGCUCAUGAGAGCAUAUGGUUCUCGCUGCCUGUGCUUCGUCCACGUUAGCGAACUCCCAAGAGUGGGCUAUGUAUGGCUUCUGGAGGAGCAUACACGAGCCUGAGCCUGAAGAAACGCGAAGAGAAGAGAGCUUUGACAUGCGGCUCUGCGCCUGUGGUUGGCAGCUGCCCAAAAAGGGUGGUUGCGGCUCUGGGGGAACCACAAGGCAGAUUCGUCGUUGAUGUCAGUCAGAAGAAGCAUAAUCCUGACUACUGUUAAAUACUACUCUCCACUUGCUUCACCCUUCUCUCUCUCUUGUCCUUCUGCAAGAGGGCUAAUACGGAGUUGAUUUCGUUGGUGAUUACCAUGUUGGCUCUCUGACUGAACCCACGCCCCUUGCUCCGUGCUCCGUGCUGCACUGUAAAUCAAAGCUGCAGCGAUGGCCAUAUCGACGGCACUUAAUGGAGAUCCCCCUCACAUUUCUGACAGCGACAGUGAUCGGUUCCGGCCUGUCCUUUUGGACAACGACCCCAAUGCCAUCGUCACAGAUGCUCCGGAAGAGCCUUUCCGAUUGGGCCGUCUAGAUGUUGGCUGCCUCGUCAUAAACAGGAUGAUAGGGACGGGGAUUUUUUCGUCGGUUGAUUUCGUUGUUCAGGGAACGAGAAGCAUCGGGGUCUCCCUGUUAUUCUGGUUCUUCGGUGUCAUAUAUUGCCUUGCUGGAGUGCAUCUAUACAUCGAAUAUGGCCUUAGCACCCCAAGACGUCGCUUCGAAGGGGUCGAACAGGGCAUUCCCCGCAGUGGAGGCGACCUUAACUAUCUUCAGUAUGUUUACCGGAAACCGAAUUAUCGCAAAGGCACAGUGCUCCUCUCUGUCACUACGUUUGCCGCGGUUUUCAUUAUGUUUGGCAAUGUUGCAGGAAACUGCGUGAACUUUGCUGUGAGGGCGCUUCAAGCUUCAAAUGCAGAAGUGACCAACGAGGCUGUGCGAGGAAUUUCCAUCGCAGUAGCUCUUUUUACCUGCUUUAUCCACACCUUGUCUCGCCGUGGCGGCAUCCUUUUGAGCAACCUAUUUGCUAUGGUCAAACUUGCAAUGCUAUUUCUGAUACUCAUUGCUGCCAUUGUCGCUGCCACAGGGGCUUUCCCACAAACCGAGUCUGCCGCUACUAAAAACUUUGAUCCUGAGACCUCCUUUCGUGGCGCGUCUACCCAGGCCAAUGACUACGCGAAUGCCUUCUUAUUGAUAAUUUUCACUUUCAGCGGGUUUGAACAACCCAACUAUGUCCUUGGUGAGAUUUCAAGACCCCGGCGUAAUUUUCCCGUAUCCAUGAUCACCUCUGUCUCCCUAGUUGGCAUACUCUACAUGUCGGUCAACAUUGCAUAUAUGGCUAUUGUGCCCAAACCCGACCUAUUUAAUGAACAAGUAAACCUUGCUGAGAGAUUUUUCGAAUUAACUUUUGGAAGACUCAACGUUGGUGAUAACACUGGCCAAAGGAUCUUCAACGCUUUCCUAGCUGUCUCUAGCUUCGGAAAUAUAGUUGUCAUGACCUACACAGCCGCGCGAGUGAAGCAAGAGAUAGCAAAGGAGGGGAUACUACCAUUCCCCAAGUUCUUUGCGAAAAAUCGCGACUUUUCAUUCGGUCGACUACUUCGAUGGGCCCAUCGCCGUCCUACCUUAGCGCGAUUAUUCGGACGGAUAUUGAAAUCGCCAUGGUUCGCUCCCGAACAUCACUCUGAAAAGACACCAGUGGGGGCUCUAACACUUCAUUUCGGAUCCUGUUUGGUUCUACUCAUGGCUACGUACGGUGUGGAGCCGAAUAAUACUUACAGCUUACUUUCGAGAGUAUACACAUACGCCGUCCACACGUUUUUCGGAGUCCUACUCGCGGGCGGGAUCCUGUACCUCCGGCUCAAUGGCAAGGAAGGAUGGCGAAAGAAAGCGGUCGGCAUUAACCCGUUCCUCAGCCUUAUGUCAGCCAUAAUUUACCUUUUCGGGAGCUUAUUUCCGGUCAUUGUCUCCUGGGUUGAGCCUAGCGGGGAAUUCAAACGGGUCUACACAACUACAAUCAAGUGGUAUCUGGUCCCCCUGCUUAGCUGGUCAGCAAUCGCCUUCGGGGCAGUGUGGUGGCUGGGAUUUAUCAUUCUUGGCAAACGAACUGAGAAGCGCACCGGCACUGUAUUUACGAUUCAAAGAGAGCCUACGUUUGAGCGCGAUCCCCCUGUUGAUGGGCCGCCCAUCCAGGUCAAUGAGACUGUGUAUUUUGCGUGGGUCGCCAAGGAGAACCUGCCAGAUGGGCAGGAUUCAGAGGGUGGACAGGAUGAUUUUGCCAGCCAUGAUUUUGCCAAUGGUGAUUUCGCGGGGAUGAAUGCCAUGACGGAUUUCGACCAUCAUUUAAGGCAGUAAAGGUCCAUCCUUUCAUUACCUCUCUCAACAGCGAGGGUGCUCGUUAAUGACACUAUCGAUAUCCAACAAACAUAUACUUGCAAGUUUCAGGCGAUUUCUAGCGUUGUUACUUUAUAUAUAUACAUAUAUAUGUACGUUGCUUCCCACUUCCCGGCUAUGUUUUUCUCUGGUUUAGAUGGGUUCACGUUUAUGCUAGUAGUCUCUGUACUUAUUUUACUUCACGGAAAGGUUAAUCGGGAUAAUUAAGCAUAGUCAUAAGUUUUCCCCCGUCCCCCACCUCCUACCAAGUAGGAUAACGCACGUUAGUAGGUCUCCGUUGUUUGCCAUUUUAUGUAGGCAAAAAACAUCAGCUCUUGCGCAGUUACAUAGCUAUCUAUACAGGCAGUUGUGGUGGCAGGGCAGUAAACGUUACUGUGUUAGUCCAGGAAAGGGCCCUGUUGAAUUUAACCCAGGGUCCAACAGCUACAUACUCCGUACACUAAAGUGUACUCUAGCUAUAUCUUGUCUGGAGUUUCCUGUAAGUCAAGUUAGACGCCUGGGUAAUUGCCCAACUAGGCCCCCUGGUGCCUAGGUGUGAGGGAGGGAUCGAAUAUCGAAUCUGCUUUCGAUUGGAUAUGUGUAUAGAAAUCAUGGUACCACGCCCCCGUUCCUCACGCCACAACGCGAGAACAGCGCCUUCGGAGACCGUUUAUCAUGUUUCAUGUUUAGGGUAUAAAUUCAAUUUAGUUUUAUAUAUUAUAUAAAAUAUCAUGGGAUAUAUAAUGCGUUUCAAACUUAGGGCGGAAG